CCUUCCCAGAGCGGGGGGAAAAAAAGAGGAUCCUGUUUUGAUCAGUGUUACUUAAGGAGCAAACUUGCACACCAGAGUCAGGAAGGAGGGCGGUGGCAUUGCCCUGCAGAGUUCAGCAACGCUCCAGCUUCUCCGGCCCCGAGGGUCCUUCCCAGACGCCCUCAUGACACCCUCAUACGGAGCCGCCCGAGAGAGCAAGAACUGAGUGUCAAGCGUCGGGGCCACGGGAUCUUGUGUCCUGUUACCGGCAGAGUCAUUUGCAGGAUCUUGGCGGCCGCGAGCCACACACCCCUGACUCAGCUCUCUCCGCUGCUGGCUCUGAGUUCUCAUUGGCAUGCCUUGCAGUUCAUCUGAAAGGACGAUGAACCGCCCCUCUCCAGAUGCCGGCCCUCACGACGUUGCUGAGGAGAGAAAGCUGUACGUCGUGGAUUCCAUAAAUGACCUGCACAAGCUAAACCUCUGCCCUGCCGAAUCCCAGCACCUGUUCCUGCCGGUGGAGAAGGUCCCAGGGGGCGGCGCUGCCUCGGGAGGCGGGAGCUACGGCCUGUUUUUCCUGGGGCUGAUCGUCGUGCUGAUCCUCAGCCUGGCGCUCGUCUCCUUCGUCAUAUUCCUAAUAAUUCAGACUGGAAACAAGAUGGACAACAUGCUGCGGAGACUGGCGGCUGAGGGAAAGGACAUAGAUGAUCUCAAGAAACUCAACAGCAUGAUUGUAAAGCGACUCAACCAGCUGGACUCGCGACAGAACUGAAGAGAUGAUCUUCCGAGAGCACCUGCUGACUCCGUGCCUCUGCGGGGCCGGGCGUGCGCCAGGCUGGGAGCCGAGCCCGGCUUCUCUGCAGAGGGUGGAUUAUCGGGAUAGGAAGCCCGCCCUGGGGCCAACUUCCUGCCGCAGGGAUGUGAGCAACUCCGCGGCCAGCGAAGGGGUGCACAGGGGCCACAGGGACUCAUUUUAUGGCCAGGCCCUGCAGCUUUAAGGGGGUGAGGUGGGUGGCUGGCAUGAAGGACAACCAAUAAGAAGCAAGGUAGUUCAGCUCUAUAACACAAUGUCUCUGAGUAGUGGUGUUCUGUCACCAGAACAAGGUCACUGUCCCAGCCAGGUGUGGGGUGUCUCCCGCACCUUCCUAAACUCCCGCAGGGAAGGACAGCAUUUGUGGUCCAGGGAACCAGAGGACAGGCAAUCUUUUUAAUAAAGGAAAUUCUG